AUGGAAACUAUUGCGUAUUGGAUUGAGGAUUGUGAUAAAAAUCACCCUUGCUGUCACCGAGAGAGAGCUCCUCAUACGCAUGACCGAUUCGCUCGUAUUCUAGACGUUGGCAACGUCUUCGAUGCGCCAGAUGUCAAUCUCUGUCUCUCUGAUGGCCUUGAUCUUGAUGUUAAAUAUGCGACUCUUAGCCAUUGCUGGGGAGGAAUCACAUCAGAGAUUCCAUCGCUGACCACAAGAACUUACGAAGAGUUCUUGCAGCGCAUUACGAUCUUCAAUCUUCCCCAGACGUUCAAAGAUGCGAUUCAAUUGACUCGCCGCCUGGAAAUCCGAUACCUAUGGAUCGACUCUUUAUGCAUCAUUCAAGACUCUCGCGAAGACUGGUUGAUCCAGUCUGCCGUGAUGGGUGAUAUAUACAAAGGUUCUUAUCUGAAUAUCGCAGCUACCAAAUCCAUCAAUCCAUAUGGCGGACUUUUCACAACAAGAAAUCCAUUUGUUGUCACACCACUUCGAGUUCCAAUAUAUGUGACAGUUCCUCUUGGGUUCCCUGUACCGCAAGAGCAAGGACUUCCCUUCCUCAGAUUGGAAGGCGAUUCCCUACUGGUCGCGUCGCCUAGACAACUGGCGCUUGAACUCACUGAGACAGAGCUCGAACUUGACACUUGCCUUGGUAAUAUUGACGGCAGCUUCCGUCCGGGUGGUACGAAUUUUUCUCAGUCUGCAAGGAGGGUCGAACUAAUCGGACAUACACUCUACGCUGAACUUGAAACUCUUCGCAAGGAGUGGAAGAAAAGCAGCGUAGAUUUGAGUGAAGUCGUGGAGACGUCUGAUCGAUCAAACUUCAGGCUUAAGGGGGUCUCCAAACUCAGCAUUUCCUGCAAGUGCACUCUUGACUUAAACAGAUACCUCGGAAACCGCAAUGGCGCUUUCGAUGUUCAAGAGACAAACUUCGCACACAGUGCAAGGAAUGUGUCUCUAGCUGGCACAACGCUGUGUGCUGAACUUAGAACAAUAGACGGGCUAUGGAGACAAAGCAGCAUCCAGCUGACUGAUUUUAUAAGCUGGCAACCAGGACGGCUAUGGACUCCCAAAGACGGCUACGCAGCCCAAGUCUUCUUUGAUGUGGGCACUAAUAGCUAUCAAAAAUGGUCGGAGCAGAUCGCAAAUGCAAAGCUCUGUAAACGGGGAUGGGUGCUACAAGAACGUUUGUUGGCUCCAAGAACCAUACAUUUCACCAAACAGCAGCUCUUCUGGGAGUGUACAAUUUCUCAGACGCUAGAAGAAGCACCAGCCAUUAAGGUCGACAAUCAACAACCUCAGGCCAGGAUGAAGAGACUGGAUCUCAAGACCUGGGAUGUGUACUCGCCGAGUUUACUCGAGGAAUCAAAAGAGAGAGAGCUGGGUUUAAAUUAUAUCUGGUCGUCCUUCAAAGCGUUGCGUGGCCGUGAUGAAACUCAUCUUCGGAAAGAGGAUUUAGCUCACGAAUUUAGUCUUCUCGAACAAACUAAGCGCCUGUGUUACGGGGGAGAAAAUUGGCAGCCAACGCACCCGCUCAUCAUAUACUGGUCUGUGAUUAUCACUGGCUACAGCUUCUCAGAGCUGACAUAUAUCCAAGACCGUUUAAUUGCCAUCGCUGGUUUAGCGAAAGUUUUGUCUGCCAGGACGGGUAUUCGUUACGCUGCUGGACUCUGGAUGACCCAGGUUCCGCGACAGUUGCUGUGGGAUAUUUUACACAGGGCGAAAAAUCUUGUAAAUGAUGGGAAGUACGUGGCACCGUCCUGGUCAUGGGCGUCAAGUCCUGGCUUUAUGACAAAUGGAGGGCGCCUAGAUCCCAUACUCGAGACCAAGGGAGCUAUGGAUCUCAUAAAGAUCCUAUCUGUUGACGUCGAAGGAGUAAUCGAAAAUGACAAGAUGCCUUUCGGCCAGGUGAGAAGUGGGCGCCUUCGCAUACGCGGCCGCUUGCAUCCCAUAAAGCUCGAUCUCAGCGCCUGGCCAAGGGGUGCCAUCCGCGAAAAAGCUCUUGUGCAAUUUUGGAGUGGAUCGGCGCUUGAGGUGCCAAUGAGAGAGACCUUUCUUGUCCCAGUGAUUUUCACACGCUGGAACGAGCGACUCCCAGAUGCUACGCCUAAUUCUCUACUCCUGGAGUCAACAGAAGAAAAAGGCGUGUUCCGUCGGAUUGGCACGGCGCGGCUAAGCAGCCGCUGUGACUUAAGAAAUGUGAUACCAGAACUGUAUACUGCAUUGAGUCGCGACCACGAAGAUGAAGACGACGAUGCGAACAGUGAAGAUGAAGCGCACAUGGAGGAUGCUGAGCAUUUCAGAGGGCCUUUCAACUCUCCAACAGUUGAACCAAAUCCACAGCAGGAAUGGGCUGACAGUAUGCUCAAGCAACUUCGUUCUAAUGUUAACAAACUUGAGGGAUACGCGAAGAAGAAUAACGCCAAGCUUGGAUCAAGCUCAGAUAGCAAACUCAGUGCAUAUGCGCAAAAUCUCUCUUUGGUAGGAAAAUCACUUUUGUCUCUUGUCCCCGGAGAACCAAGCAAGAAGGUUAACCUCGAUACUCGUGAGUUGGAACGCGAGCUCAGAGCCCAUUUUCCAGGCGAAAAUAUCACGGUCGGCGUUCGGAGUGAGUUUUGGAGUCAAAUCAAUGUCAAGAAAUUGAAGCCAAAGACUGCGGUUGCGAGUCACUGCUAUCUUGAUUACGUCGAAGAUGAUUGUGACGUGAUUCGAUACGGACAUUUUGUAUAUGAGAUUCGCUGA